AUGGUAACAGACAACAGGAAGACGACGACGGGGAUGUCUCAGCGGCGGGUCGUGAGCAGAGCUCCUGAGGAGCAGCGGGACUUCCACCACAUGAAGACGGCCGCUGCAGAGUUUUACCGGGUCAACGGAGUCCCGCCGGUGAUAGAGGCAGCUCUGAACCAGCUCUUCCUCCACAAGCCCGAAGACGUGCACGGCUACCUGGCAAAUUAUUUUACAAACCUAUGUGCACCACCGAGGAUCAGCAGGCUGAAGGGAAGGGAGGUCUAUGAUGCAAGAGGACAGCUAUCCGUCGAGGCAGAGGUCUUCUGCAUCGUCUGCAACAAGGAAAAGAGCAUGUCUUCAGCUGGCGUCUCCAGAGACUUUGGGCCUAAAGAGACGUCAAUGGACUGGAAAGCAAAUAGUCAAGAGAGGGCUGACCAUGUGAUGACUGCUGCCCAGUGGAUCAAUGGACCUCUGAACAACAUGUUGAAGGACCAAAACCCCUGUUACCAGUCACAUGUUGACCACAUACUCAGCAAUUUCUUCAUGGCCCGCGUCUUGGAGGGGAAACUCCUUCGGAACAAGGAGAAAGAGGAGAGUUGUUCACCCAGCGAGCCUGAGGUGGUGCUGUCUUCUCCACUAUCUGCACAGUCUAAAGACAAAAAGAGUGUUGAUAAAGGUAAAAAGAGCAACACUGCAGAGAAGCCAUUUCGUCCAGCAGAGCCAACAGAACCAGUUUUGCCUGGUAGCUCGGCCAUAGGCUCAGUGUCUCUGGCUGUGGCCAAAACUGCUGCAAAAAUACAGGGUAUCCCUCUCUACAAAUACAUAGCAGCUCUGAAGAACAGAAAGGCUCCGACUCAGUUUCACAUCCCAGUGUCGUUGGUAACUUUGCUGAGCUGUGGAAAGACUUCUCCUGGAAAAUUGAAUUUGCUGGAGGAAGUCAUCCUAAUCCCCAGAGCUGGAAAACGAGUCAAACAAAUUAUCACAAUGACCCUUGAGUUACAGAAGGAUAUGAUGAGAAUAAUGAAUGCGUCAACAAAAGCCGGGGCAACCCAGGCAAUGCUGUGUGACAGUGGAGCGCUGGCUGUGAUGUGUGAGCGACCCGAGCAGCCUCUAGAUCUGAUCGCUGAAGCCUGCACUAACUCUGGACUGGCACUGGGGACAGAGAUCCACUUAGCACUAAACUGUGCUGCCCCUAAGUUAAUGGACUGUUCUAAAGGAAAGUAUGAAGUUGCAACCGGAGUUUUGAAGUCUCCAGAUGAAUUAGUUGAUAUGUACCAAACCCUUAUCAGCAAAUACCCAGCAGUGGUGGCCUUAAUCGAUCCGUUUAGGAGAGAGGACAUAGACCAGUGGGAGAAGCUGAGCAAUGGGAUUGGAGACUCAUGUUCUCUGCUCUCUGACAUCACCUUCAAGUCAAAUGCCCCGCCCCUUCCGGGGGUCAGAGGUCACAUCUUAAAACACAUUCACGAGACGACGGUCAGUGAUUUGAUCUGCCUCACAUCAGAGCACCAAGGUUCAGUGUUGAUGGGGACAACAUGCAGUGAGCCUUGCAGUGAUGACUCUCUGUCAGAUAUAGCUGUGGGUCUGGGCCUGGACUAUGUCAAACUGGGAGGUCUGAGCGGUGCUGAGAGGAUGACUAAAUACAACCGGCUGAUUUCUAUAGAGGAAGAACUGGCCCAACAGGGAAUCCUGGUCUCCGAGGAGAAGCACCCCCCUCCACUCUUCACCGAUAAACCACAGGAGCAGUCUGCUGCAGCAGAGAGUACUGUCUGAAACGGCCACCUCACAGCUUCUGUUUGUAUCCAGAAAAUAUGACUGAUUUAAACGUUUAAAUCAAGUGUCAGU